AUGGCUGAAGAGAAAUUCAAAGAUGUUGUUGUAGAGCAGGAAAUGGAGACGCCAGUGAUGGAGAGCCCUUUCUCAGACCAGGAGGUGCUGAAACAGCUACAAGGAAGUAUUGAAGAUGAGGCAAUGGCAUCUUCUGGACAAAUUGACUUACUGGAACGACUUAAAGAACUGAACUUGGAAAGUACCAACUUCCCUGGAGUGAAGUUAAGGCCAAAGGUGUCUGCGCGUUCAUAUGGGAGCCGGGAAGGGUCUGUGUCAAGCCGUUCAGGAGAGUGCAGUCCUGUUCCCAUGGGAUCUUUUCCAAGAAGAGGAUUUAUGAAUGGAAGCAGAGAAAGCACUGGUUAUUUAGAAGAGCUAGAAAAAGAGAGGUAA